GUCAGACAGCGCAAAACACCUGUCACCUUUUCAGUGAAUGUAACUCGUUCCUCGCGCUCAGUUUUUCAAAAAGUGAACGAGCAUCAUUCAUUUCACGUGCAAUUGCGUUAGGUUCCCGUGAUCAAGUUCAAGGCUGACGAAACGGCCGUUAAAGCUAUUCGUUUUGCUCUGCAGGUUGGCUUCGGUCAUGAGGGGUUAUCUAAAAACGCUAGGAUGGGUGUUUAAACUCCAGCCAAAAACAACAGUGGGAAGGCACGAGGAUUCUGACCUCUGUUUGCAGAACGGCGGCGUGGAAGAGCGCCAUGCCCUGAUAGAGCUGAGCGAAGCGGAACGCUGCUUUGUGCUGCGCGAUCUGAACUCCACCCACGGCACCUUCGUCAAUGAGUGUCGCAUCCACAACGCCGCUGUGCGCCUUUCUCCAGGCGACGAGCUCCACUUUGGGUUUGGCGGGUCCACUUACCAGCUGGCGGUGGACAGCUCUUCCCCUCUGUCAUGCCCCCCUGUGAACCAACGGUUGGCCUGGCAGAGCCCGCUCCAGCUGAUCGAGGGCUCCAGUUCAGCACCUUCCUCAUCCAGCCCUCUUUCCCAGCUCCCCGUCUUGCCUGGCCAUCCCUCCACCCACUCCUCCUGGGUGCAGGGAGGUCCCGCUGCAACCCCUCACCCCCCAAGCCGGGCCCGUCCUGCCAGCGCGGGAACCAAAAGAUCAGGCUCGGGCCACUCCACUGACCAUGGGGUCCUCUCACACAGGACAGGAAGUUGUAACGGGAAGAGGAAUUCCGGAACAGUGCAUUCCCUUGGGAACGCCGUGACAGCGCAGAGCUCUCAAACUCUCUCUCACCUGCUGCAGGAGAAGGAGGAGAGGCUGCUGAGGCUGGGGGACGAGAUCAGCCGGCUGACGGUGUUCGAGGGGGAGUCGCGGCGGAAGGACGGGGUGAUCGCGGGGCUCCGGGACGAGGUCUCCGCCCUCCGGCACCAGCUGACGCAGAACCGGGCCGACCCGGAGGUCCGGAACAAGCUGCGGGACCUGGAGAGGGACAUCGGCGACAAGAAGGAGCAGAUUGAGCAGCUGAAGGCGCAGAUGCUGCAGCUGCAGAGGGGCUCGAGUGAGGUGUUCAGUCAUUCGCUGACUGAGCGGGAUCUGAAGAUCAGCAAUCUGAGGAAUCAGGUGGAGAAACUGAAGAACGACAACAACAUGUCUUCAGGUCUGGUGACCAGCCUGCAGAGGGACCUCUCCUCCCGGGAAAAGCAGUCCCAAAAGCUGGCAGCUGAGGUGGACCGGCUGAGGCAGGACAUCCGGCACAAAGAUGCACAGCUGGGGUCCUUAUCUGCCAAGUUUUCCAGGGUGAGGGAGAACCAGAGCCAUCAGGAAGAGCUGCGGGCACGGGACAAUGAGGCCGCCUCCCUCAGGAAGCGGGUGGAGAAGCUGGAGCAGACUCUGACAGAGCGGAGGACGGAACUGCAGCGUCUGGCCUCAGACCGUGAUUCGCUGAAGAGCAAACUGGAGGCGGAGCAGCAGAGGUGGGCCUCGGUACAGGCGGAGGCAGACUCAGGCAGGCAGCAGCUGCAGGACUCCCGGCAGCGUGAGCAGAGGAGCAGAGUGGAGCUGGAGCGUGUCCAGGCUCGGCUGGAGCGCCUCCGCAGCAAGAUCAUCCAGACCGCCUACUCCGCCCCUGGAGUCUCCACCCCGCUGGACGCAGUGUCAGACCAGCAGGUGAUAGAGCAGGUUACAGAGAUGGCCGAGGAGAAGGAGGGGCUGGAGACCAGGGUCCAAGAGCUGGAGGAGCAGCAGAAGGAGAUCUCUGAGGAGAGGGAGGAGCUGAGGGCCCGGGUGCAGGAGCUGGAGGAGCGGUUUGCGGGGCACACCGAGGAGCAGGACAGGAUUGUUGAGGAGGCGCAGGGAUUUAGGACUGCCCUGGAGGAGUGUCAGUCUCGCCUGCAGGAGGCGCUGUCCGUGCCCGCUCUGCAGAGGGAAAUCUCUGCCCUGCAGGACCAGUCUGUGCCCCCGUCCCUGGCCUGGGUACAGUCUGCCGUCCUCUCCGUGCUGGCUGCCCAGCUCUCACAGGUACAGGAAGUGGGCCACGCCCUGCGGGAUGCUGGGAUAGAGGAUUCAGACACUGCUGAAGGAGCCCCCGCAGGUAUCAGAGCUCUGUGGCACCAGAGUCAGGAGCGAGAGGCGGAGCUUAGAGCCCUGCAGGUGGAGCUGCAGGAGGUGCGUGGGGGUCGGGACGUCCUGAUACAGAGCCAGGAGGAGCAGGCCAGAGAGCUGCAGGACCAGCUCAGCACCCUGAGAGAGGAGCUGGAACAACAGAGACAGCUGGCUCAGAAUGCCCAGAGUGAGGAAGACGAGGGUCUGAAACUUCAGCUGGAGGAGAUGAGGAAGGAGCUGGAGUCAGUCCGUGGCAUGGAGACCUCCCUGCGUGAGGAGGCCUGGGCGAAGGAGGCGGAGCUCCAUUCGAUGGUGGAGGAGGCGAAGCAGAAGGGGGCGGAGCUAGAGAGGGAGUGUUACCGGGUGCGGGAGGCGGAGUACCGGGAGCAGGUCCGCCAGCACGCCCACACCAUCGUGGACAUGGACCAGAGGCUGACUAGAGCAAUACAGCGUGUGAGGAACACUGAGGAGGAGAGGGACAGCCUGAGGGAGCAGCUGACUGACUUGGAGAAGAAGCUGGAGAACAGAGAUCCUGACCCCAGCCCUGUUUCCAGCCCUGACCCCACCCCAACCCCACCUACACCAGGCAAGGCUCCGGGGGCAGUGGCCCUGGAGGAGACGGUCACCCUGCUCAGGGCCGCGCUGGCCGAGGCUCGUCAGGAGGCGGUUGCCCAGGGAGACGUCAUCGCCGCGCUGAGCCGUGACCUGGCGGCGGCCAACGCCAGGAUGUCGGAUGUGACAGGGGAGCUGAGCGAGCAGCGCAAAGUGGAGCUGGAGCAGCACCGGGCCCUGGUGGUGGAUCAGAGGGUCAAACUGAGCACGCUCACAGAGAAGCUGGCCCAGAUGUCACAACUUGUAGACAGGAAAGGGGAGGAGCUUCAGAGCGUGAGGGAGGAGCUCAGGCAGUGUCAGGAGGAGCUGGAGAGGCGGGUCCAGACUGAGAAGGAGCUGAAAGAGAAGAUGGACAGCAGCACUGCCUUGGUCCCGACCCCAGCACUCACUAAGGAUGUGGCCGCCAUGGCUGCCGCCGCCGAGCUGGCGGAGCAGGGGUCAAAGUGCAGAGGUCACCGGCACGAGGAGGUGAUCCAGCGGCAGCAGGAGGCGCUGGCGGAGCUGAGGUCCCGGGCCAAAGCCCUGGAGCAGGCCGUGCCCAUGAUGUCCUCUCCAGAGCUGUGCAUCCAGCAGGUGGCGCUGAUGAGAAGGGAGCUGAGCGAGCUCAGGGCUCAGAAGGCCGCGUUGUACAGAGGAGCCGCUGACUCUAUGACGCUGAACUCUCUUCCUGGAAGUCUGUCUGAGGAAAUGCUGGAGCGCACGGCCAGGCUGGACGUGUCAGAGGCCCUGGAGCUCAGCGAGCGAACGUACCUGGAGCUGGCCCGGGUCCUGAGCGAAGCCCUGGAGCUGAGUGAUGGGCAGCUGUCAGGCACCGCCUCCCUGAAGCACCUCCCUCGGGACGAGCGGGAGAGGCUGGGCUCCCUCAGGCAGAGGGACCUGGAGCUGCUGCGUACCCGUCUGAGCCUGCUGCACAGCCAGGCCCAGCGCAGGGAGGAGCUCCUGCAGGAGUACCACAGGGACAUGGGCACCCUGAGGGACAGCCAGGCGACCGGCCAGCAGCUGCAGGCCAGGCUGGACAGCCUGAGGGCAGAGCUGCAGACAGAGUGCCAGGAAAGCUCCCUGCUUCGCGAGGCCCUCCAGCGCGCACAGGCCCGACUGGAGCAGGAGAUUGGCCUGAACCGCGCCCUCAAGGAGCGCAAGGGCCUGAGCGUGGAGAGGCUGGAGAAGAGGAUCACGAGGACCCCCUCCCACAGCUGUGUGCAGGAGGACGUCAGGGACAAGGCUGCAUCCAGGAAGGCCAACCUGCAGGAGAAGCUGAAGAAGAGGGAGUAUGAAAUCGAGGUGCUGAAGAAGCAGCUGAGGAACAGCGCCUCCGGCAGGCCGGCAAGUGCACAGCGGGCGUCUCUAGUGCCCGAGGCCCACUGACGCUUCAGCCCAGCCGAACUGAGAAACGGGGACUGGGGUGCACGCGGGCGUGAGGCCAACAGAGCAAGGCAAGUGCGUAGAACUGUGAGCAGCCCUGUGCGCCAUUCACUGGAGCAGGAGCUAGAGAGCUGUGAGAAACCCUAUGCCCCGUUCACUGGAGCAGGGGCUAGAGCUGUGUCUGACCCUAUACCCCAUUCACUGGAGCAGGGGCUAGAGCUAUGUCUGACCCUAUACCCCAUUCACUGGAGCAGGGGCUAGAGCUAUGUCUGACCCUAUACCCCAUUCACUGGAGUAGACCCUAUUCCCCGCUCACUGGAGCAGGGGCUGGAGCUGUGACUGACCCUAUGCCCCGUUCACUGGAGCAGGAGCUAGAGAGCUGUGAGAAACCCUAUGCCCCGUUCACUGAAGCAGGGGCUAGAGCUAUGUCUGACCCUAUGCCCCGUUCACUGGAGUAGACCCUAUGCCCCGUUCACUGGAGUAGACCCUAUUCCCCGUUCACUGGAGCAGGGGCUGGAGCUGUGACUGAACCUAUACCACAUUCACUGGAGCAGGGGCUAGAGCUGUGACUGACCUUAUACCCCAUUCACUGGAGCAGGGGCUAGAGCUGUGACUGACCCAAUACCGCUUUCACUGGAGCAGGAGCUAGAGCUGUGACUGACCCUAUACCCCAUUCACUGGAGUAGACCCUAUUCCCCGUUCACUGGAGCAGGGGCUAGAGCUGUGACUGACCCUAUACCACAUUCACUGGAGCAGGGGCUAGAGCUGUGACUGACCUUAUACCGCUUUCACUGGAGUAGUCCCUAUGCCCUAUUCACUGGAGCUGGUCCAAUUACACAUGUAAUCUCAAUGUGAUUUCCCUUUAUAGCAUCACUGUACUGCAUCUCAGUGCUGUGGGCUCAUUGCAGAUUUAAAUUUUGCUGCCCCACAUUCUCGUGCGUCAUGUAAGACGGAGGUGUCCGUGUUGCAGUCAGAGAGCGGUCCCGCUAUGAAAAGAGUUUGAGUAUUCAUCAUCACCCUCACCUUGUGCCAAGGUCUUUUUAAAUGGAACCUGCGUCACAGGCUCAGGGGCAGUCAGGCUCUUUUCUUUUUCCCUCUCUCUCCCGCUCAGUUUCUUAUGCUCCAGAGCCCUGGCCAAUGAGCUGCAGUCGUUGUGCGUUCUUUAUGACAUCAUCAUAUGAAAGCCCAAAAUGGCUCGCCUGCAUUGAAACGCGUUUGUUGUGUCAGUUUUUGGCAGCGCUUGAUUGGAGCGUUCCUGUCCCAUCUCUCCGCUGCUGGUUGCUCUUUCCUGCCAAAUCCUCCGCUUUCAGCCACGGCUACCCGUGAGAAUCUCGCACUUAUAUAAGCACCAAUAACGGGGAGAAUAGUGGUAAAUUGGUCCUGGAUCUAUUCUGCCUGAUAGGAGAUAAAAGGAGACCGUGUAGUGUGCAUCAGAGCACACACACACCCCCCCUCCCUCCUGGGUUCUCUGCAGUCAUGUGACUGCAGCGGGAGGAGCUCUGCUCCGCGCGGCACGUUAUCACUGAGAGCGCUCCGCAGCGCUGAUUCAUUCAUCAGACCCUGCGCCCACUCGAGUCACGAGCCUGCACGGAGAGCUCCACGCGUCAGCCUGCGACGGAGCUGAGGGGGAGUGUGAGUGUGCGUGUGUGUGUGUGUGUAAGUGUGUGGGAGUGUGUGUGCGUGUGUGUGCGCGUGCGUGUGUGUGCGUGUGUGUGCGUGUGUGUGUGUGUGCGCGUGUGUGCAUGUGUGUGCGUGUGUGUGCACGUGUGUGUGUGUGUGUGUGUGUGUGUGUGUGUCUGUGUGCGUGCGUCUGCGCGCGUGUGUGUGAGUGUGUGUGUGUGUGUGUGUCUGUGUGCGUGUGUGAGUGUGUGUGUGUGAGUGUGUGUGUGUGUGUGUGUGUGUGUAAGUGUGUCUGUGUGUGUGUGUGUGUGUGUGUGUGUGUGUGUGUCUGUGUGCGUGUGUGUGUGUUCUGUGUGGGAGUGUGUGUGUGUGCGCGCGCAUGUGUGUGUGUAUGUGUGUGGAUGUGAGUGUGUGCAUGUUUGCGUGUGGGCACAUGCGUGUGUAUUUAUCUGUGUCAGUAUGUCCCUGUGUAUGUGUGACCUCUUUGUACAAGACAUGUGCUCCUAUGGGUGUGUGUCCUUGUAUAAACAAUAGUGUCCGUGUUAAUAUGUGUGACUGUUGGUGCGCACGGGUUUCAGUUCAAAUCAAUAUUUUCUCAGUCACAAAGACAGCCUCAUACUGCUGGAAAGCUGCAGAGAGCAUUUUUUUCAGGUCAAGUCAAUCGACUGUGAAAAUGCAAUACGGCCGUCUUUUAUGAAAACCGUAAAGAAGCCCGAACAUUCCUUUUUAAGCCGCCAAAUCCCGGCGAGUCUUUUUAGCAGCUGCUGCUGUAUCUCCCCAAUGAAGCCUCCCAAGUCCCUGAAAUACAGCACACAGCUCCUGCAGUGCUAAUCCAGAGAUAAUCAUUAAAGCCAUUUUCACUAUUUGGCUGAGGCGGUUCCCCUCUCUCCAGCCCCCCCCCCCCCCCCCCGUAUAUAAUGAGUUAGCGUUGCGCUAACUUGUGUUCUUCCCCGUUGACCCAGAUAGGACCUGUGAAUAUGUGGGGAGCAGAUGGCUGUGAUAUUUAAACGCCUGCGUUUCUCCUCCGGGCGGAGGCAUGCGCAGUCAUUUCCGCCAUCUUAGGCCGGCCUGCGUGACUCCCGCCUGCCUUUUAGUGUGACGGGAUUGGGAUUAAAUCCACCAGCCUGCAUUAAGACCGGAGUGGGAAUGCCCAGCGCUGCCAAUGUCCGGGUGAUGUCAGAAGGGCAUUCCCAAAUCAAUCAGGGGGCCGGUUUCGCUGGCUGUCUCCCACAAAUAUCUGAAAGCUCUUCAGACUGCGCCUCAGUGUGUCUGUUAAACAAUUAAAAAUAAAUCCAUCUCUCUCUUUAUCUCGUAGGCUUCACAUAGGGCAGUGACUUUGCAUAUCUCUCAGGGCUCCUGUGGCUUGUUUGCUUCAGGGUGUAAUGUGCUUUGACUGAAAGCAGCUGCUAAGUGACUAAAUUGUAAAUCGGAUGAUUUGAAAUGCAAAUCGUGAGAGAACGCAGUGGGAGCAGCCGUUCCUGUGGUCAUGGAAGGCGGAGUCUCAUAGUAACACAAGGCCAACCAUGCCACAACAACGCUAACUACAAUCCGCCCACAACUGAUCAUUUGGCAGUAUGUAUGGUCAAGGUCUGCCACGCCCUAUAGAGAUACUGUUUUGCACCAGAUAAUGCAGUGGUAAAAAAAAAAAUUUUCUUGUAUCUUGGACAGAGUGUGGCUGGCCCUCAUUUGUCCCUGCUCUGAGUGGAGCUGUGGAUCCAAUAGCUCUUUGAUUUUGGGGAUAAGUGAAAUACCUUAUGAAGCACCAUUUAAAACUGCUUAACCAACAUUCAUUAAUAUUAUUAGGAGUACUUAUUGACAGUUUUAAUCCUAUACAAAUGUUACAGUAUGUCUUCAGACAGUUUUUGUCUGUUAUUUAAAAAAUUAUGAAUGUUUUAAAAAAUGCUUAUCAAUUAAUUUAGUUUUACUAAUCUGAAGUAAUUGCUAUGAAUAUGCCUUUUGUGGUCUUAUGCAGUGCUUGAUAAGUGUGUGCGUACACAUAAGACCCAUGAACACCACAACAUAUCCGUGCUCAUUGAAGUAAUGUUUUAGAGCUGUGCAUUCAUAAAUUCCACAAUAGCACUGAAAUGAACAUUAACCCUAAUCUUCCCAGGAGGGCUUUCUGACUGGACGUUUCAGUGCAUCUGAUUUGAGUUGGAGCUUUGGUGUGUUUGUCACACAUUAUUGUAACGUAUGUAAAUUGUGGGGGGAAAGGCUCUUUAGUGCUCAUGGUUAUAUGAAAGCUGUGUGAUUCUGAGAUUAAUUGGAUGGACUGGCUUUAUGGGAGAGUCUGUUCCAGUCUAGGUUAGAUUUGACUGUGGGUUCUGGAGAGAGGGCAGAGAGAGACAGUCUGGGAGAUGUCAUGGGCCUCGUCCACCAGGCCCCGAGGAACAGUUAAUUGGCACUCUGAAGAUUGCUGUUUGCUCUUUUAAUCAUUCUGUCAUCAACAAAACGCCCCCCGCAUCCAAGGCUCUUCCAAACAGCUGCCUCAUCGCUAAUGAUGUCCUUAAGCACUGCCCCAUUUUGUCCUGGGAACCAGAUCCGGCCCUCUGCUCCUGUAAGUAGAUCUGAGUGCUGAGCAAACCCAAUGAUGUUAUGUUUGAUGGAUGUGUGCACUCAUGUACUCCAGCAUUAAUUUGUAUCGAUGCCUGAAGACAAAUAAUUGUUUAGUAGAUUGUAAAGCGUUUUGGUACCCAGACCGCAGACUGCUGGGUCCUCCCAGAGAAGCCAGUCUGCGCUCCCAUUACACCAGCAGUGACUUGGUGAGAUAUGGAGGGUUGUGAACCCACUAUCUGUGCUGUUACUGCCCUUUUGAUGUAGAGCAGGUCUAAAUCAGAAGAUUCUAUUUUACAUACACACCUGCACAUAUACACACACACACAUACACACUCAUACACACACACACACAAACUGUUGAAUAUAACCAGUGUGAAGAAACAGUGCAGGUUUGCUGAUUAGAGCACAGUAACCUGAGUGCAUCCAUGCAUGCUGAGCAGUAUUGUGUAUGUAUGUGUGUGUGCGCGUGUGUGUUUGUGUGUGUUUGUGUGUGCGUGUACAUGUAUGCUUGUGCCGAACAUGUCUGAAGGCUCAGAGUUGAUGUGAUCUGUACGUUUGGUGUGUAUGAUGCUGUGUCCUGUGUACGUGAACCUCUCCACCUGUUACAGGAAGCUGCAGGGCCACUUUUAUCCUGGGCUUACUUAUGUAGGUCUCAGUCUCAGAUGCAUAGACUUUCAGGGCCCAUGGUGGUUAAUUUAACUCAAAUAUAAUCCUCUGGAAUUAACAUUAUUCAUUGAUUUAGCAUAUCGCCCUGCUUCAGAAGCUGAAACGGAUAUUUUCAGCAGUGAAUUGCAGUGAAUUGCAGAGGCUGCAUGUGCCGCUUACUCUGAAGAAAAACAAUCUGGAAAAACAGUUUCCUGUAUUUGGAUCAAACUAUAUUUUUAUUCAUCUGUCAAAAAGAAUUAGUAGCGGAAAAUUCAUUGAAUCUGCUGACGUGUCGCACCUUGUGCUGCAGAAGCAAGCUGGAGACCUCAGAUGAGAUCUGCUCGUAGCCUUGUGCUCGUGACAGUUCCGUGACAGAGACCCAUUGUUUGAACGUUUGUGUGAUCUCGUACAGCGCAUGACAAGGCUGAAGAAGAAUGAGCUGACAAAGCACUUCUUGAGCUUUGGAGCAAUUCCAUUUCCUCUUCAUCAGCCCACGUUUUUUUUACCAGUCAUAUUUUUAGCCCCAUCUCUUUACUGAAGCAUCCUCCAAACUGAAUCCCUGGGAAUGAAUGUGCUGUACCUGUGCUACCUGUCUGGAAGGCCCUUCAAGGCUCUGGAGCCUACAGGAUUUGGUUAUGUAACUGAAGUCACUAUUUGGACAGGGAGCUAACUCCUCUGGAACACCAGAUCUGAAUAUGUGGUUAAUGUAACGGUAAGAAGUUAAGCCCCAAGUCUAGCCCCAGGGACCUAUAUUAUCCAGCUCUGUUUCAAACUUUCAAGCAUCUGGGUUUGGGCUGUUUCACAGAUGAUUUGAAUGAAAAGUUCUCGGUUUCUGGUUGGAAAAAUGUCAGCGUGUUAUCUGUACUUUAUCUGUAAAAAUCAUUUUUCUGAGAUUAACCGGCUUGUACAAUUGAUGCAUUUCAUUUUUACGAAUUUUUGAUUUGAGAUUUUGUAUUAAACCUGCAUCAAUGCUGUGCAUCAGUACUUCGAAACAUUUUUAUUUAUCACAGAUAUGCCUGAAAUAAAAUUUAUCCUAAAGGAAUUCACUUAUAAAGUAUAAAUGCAAUUAAAUUAUGGCUAAAUCAGUACUUAAUUAUAUUUUUUAAAGCUUGGAUUGUUUAUGCUUAGAGAUUUAUAUUUUUGCAUGCUAAUGUAAUACUUUGUGAAAAGAUGAAUAAAGAUGUAUGUGCCUGUCUGUUUAGAUGGCACAUUGUGUUUCAUUUGAUCUUAUUUCCACGUUUUUCCAUUUCACCCUUGAAAACUACUGUACUUUGGGUUAAAAAAAAGCUUAUAUUUCACAUUCUGAACAA